AUGCCCAAAAAGGUCGAGCGAACACGCACCUUCACAGGCUGUCGGACAUGUCGCUCGCGCCACGCAAAAUGCGACGAGGCUCAGCCUGGAUGUGGGACUUGUAAACGACUGGGGCUUGCGUGUGGAGGUUAUGGAGCACGGCUGUUUUGGAUCAGGGAUGAUGCUGUUCGCCCGGAGCUGCAGCAGAGUCAUCGAGGCUCGGAGUAUCGGUAUCCACUAUUCUCCGAGAGCGAGAGACGGUUGAUGAGUGAUGAGUUGAAGGGUAGUUUGGGAAAACGAACGGCGUUGGCGUUGUUGGCGGAUAUUGAUUCUGCGUGUGAGAAGAGUGAUGUUGGAGAUGCGUUGAUGAAAGGUCCUUUUGGGGUCUUUCAGUCUGUGGAGGGGGAGUUGACGCUGGAUACGAUUGAGUGCUCUCCUGAUACUAACACUGAUAACACAUCGACGAGCAUGUAUGCUGAGACUGAUGGGUUCAUUGAAGAGAUACAGCGAACAGACUGGCCGGAUCAGCUACCCGAAGAUGACCUGGAUAUCUUUACAGCUUCAUUGGAUCCGAGCUUUAACAUCAACUCUGAAGAACUGACAGCGGGCGAUCAGAUGAAUAUUAAUGAUUCUAUGGCAAACUUCUUUGUCGAUGAUCCAAUGGGCGCUGAAGGCCUCGCACUCUUCAGCCCAGGCUUCAUAUCCCAAGUCAUGGGCAACGACACCACCGCUCAAGAAGAAAGUAUCGAUCCCAAUCUCCAAGCCUCAAUGAACGAAGUAGUCCCCUACCCAAGAAACAUAACAACCCCCUCUGGCCUCCCCGAAGAAGCAGAGCCGUUACUGCGCCACUACAGACAACACAUCGCCGGCCAACGCUCAACAAUGCAAGCCAAACGCAAGUCUCCAUGGGAAAUAAUCUUUCUUCCCUGUGCACUUGAAACAUUUGCUGAGUUAUCGUUAUGGAACGAAGCUUCUCAUACUCGCUCUUCGAUAUUUUAUACGCUGCUAGCUCAUAGUGCGUUGCAACUGCACAUGUCAAAGGCGCCGAAUUCUUUGGCGGCGGAUUGGAAGGAGAUUGGUCAGUUACACAACGGAGCUCGUGCGUUCCGCAUCUUCCUCCUCGAUGCAGAACGUCUCAUUCGCCUUCGCGGUCUAGCGAACCAAGCCCAGAAUCCCUUUAAAUCACGGCUUCUGCAUCAUAUGUACACUCAUCUUCGUGUAAUCGCAGAGAGUAUAUCCCUCUGGAGUGAGCCUCUUCCGGAAAGCUCUUCAGAGAUUCAAGGCCGUGAGCAGUUCCGAACAUUUCGCAUUACGGAAGAGGGCUUGAACAUGGGUCUUGAUCCCGCUCAAGAAAAGACUGAUGAGCUUGGAUACAAUGAUAUUCACCUAGAAGUUCAAGGUCGCUGGACCCAAACUCUUUACCCUGUCAUUUACGGUAUUCCGGAAUCUCUCAUGACACUCCUGUCACAAACAGUAUCGUUGUCCAAUGAGAAGAACCGUCUAGAGACUGUUGCACGCUGCAACCCUUCAAUAUCAGAAGCUCUCUCAAAACACACAAAAACCCUCGAAAAUAGAAUCUGGGCAUGGCCCUCAACCCUCGACCCCACCGAACCCGUCAAGAUGCCCACAGGUGACGAAGAUCUCGUCCGCCAUCCUCAAGUCCGCUCCAUGACACUAGCAAUCCACCAAGCGUUGGUGAUAUACUUCUACCGAAGAGUCUACGACAUGAACGCCAUGAUCUUGCAAGAUCUUGUGCGUAAAACGCUAGAGUAUCUUGAGCCGUGUUUGAGUGAGUUGAUCGAUGAUCAGGACUUUGCGACAAGUUUGGCGUGGCCUGCUUUUGUGGCGGCUUGUGAAGCUGUUAGUCCGGAUUUACAGGAGCGAGCGUUGAAGUGUUUGGGGGUUACGGAUGAUAAAGGGGUUUAUUUUACGAAUAGGCCGGCGGGGGUUGUUGUGCCGUUGAUUUGGGAGAGGAGGAAGCAGUCUGGGGAUUGGACUACGAGUUGGCAGAGUCUUGUGCAGGAGAGUCUAGCAUAG